CAUGUGCCCUAUGUAGAUGCUAAUUCUGCCAGCAGAUUGAAGAGCCGAACCAACUUCUGCUCUAAAGACUAAAAUUGCCAGCCAUCAUUCCAGCUUUUGAAUCUUGUUCACAUCGAUGAUGUCAGAUUUUGAGCAUAGUUCUGUCUUUCGAGCUCAGCUGGGAUUGCAAUUCAUUGGGUUGGAAGGAAAGACUUCCUUUUUGUCUUUGAAAAACUUGUAGCUCUGCAGGGAAAGUCAGCAGAAUAAAUCUGCAGCCUGGCUGUGUCCUUUGAGUCAUUGUAGAAAGCUGAGUGCUCUGUUCAGCAUUCAGCAGAUUGGCUGUCAGAGUUGCAGCUCUGUUUAUUGGAUACAUAAUCUCUCUAAGAGCCAUUUAUGUUAUUCCAGAGAGAAUCAUCCUGUGGCAAAAGGAACGCCUCUUUUCUCCUCUCAGGGGUCAAAUCUUCUUGUGAUACAGGGCAAUUAUCCCUGGAUUUUCCUGAAAAAUACCUCAAUCUACUACAAAGAUUGGCACGAGCACAGGUUGCCGACUUGGUUACAGUGACGAGCUCUGAUUUCUUAGCCACAGGGAGAGGCAUCAGGGUGACACUCAGAUUUACAAAUGAGGACCACCUGGCAGUUCAUAAACACAAGCAUGAGAUGACAUUGAAAUUUGGCCCAGCCCGAACUGACUCAGUCAUCAUUGCAGAUCAGACUCCUACUCCGACUAGAUUCCUGAAGAACUGUGAAGAGGUGGGACUCUUCAAUGAACUAGCUAGCUCCUUUGAACAUGAAUUCAAGAAAGCUGCAGAUGAGGAUGAAAAAAAGGCUGCUUCUGGACCCCUUGACAUGUCUCUGCCUUCUACACCAGACAUCAAAAUCAAAGAAGAAGAGCCAGUGGAGGUGGACUCAUCCCCACCUGACAGCCCUGCCUCUAGCCCCUGUUCCCCACCACUCAAGCAGAAGGAGGUUGCUCCAAAGCCUGUUGUGAUCUCUACUCCCACGCCCACCAUCGUGCGCCCUGGCUCCCUGCCUCUCCACCUGGGCUAUGAUCCACUUCACCCAACCCUUCCCUCCCCAACCUCUGUCAUCACACAAGCUCCACCAUCCAACAGGCAGCUGGGGUCUCCCACUGGCUCCCUCCCUCUCGUCAUGCAUCUUGCUAAUGGACAGACCAUGCCUGUGCUGCCAGGGCCUCCGGUACAGAUGCCUUCUGUUAUAUCGCUGGCCAGACCUGUGUCUAUGGUGCCCAACAUUCCUGGUAUCCCUGGCCCACCCGUGAACAGCAGUGGUUCCAUUUCUCCCUCUGGCCACCCUAUGCCAUCAGAAGCCAAGAUGAGACUAAAAGCUACCCUAACCCACCAGGUCUCCUCAAUCAAUGGUGGUUGUGGAAUGGUGGUGGGUACUGCCAGCACCAUGGUGACGGCCCGUCCAGAGCAAAGCCAGAUCCUCAUCCAGCACCCUGAUGCCCCAUCCCCUGCCCAGCCACAGGUCUCACCAGCCCAGCCCACUCCUAGUACUGGAGGGCGGCGGCGGCGCACAGUGGACGAAGAUCCGGAUGAGCGGCGGCAGCGCUUUCUGGAACGCAACCGGGCCGCAGCCUCGCGCUGCCGUCAAAAGCGGAAGCUCUGGGUGUCCUCCCUAGAGAAGAAGGCAGAGGAACUCACUUCUCAGAACAUUCAGCUGAGUAAUGAAGUCACGUUACUACGCAAUGAGGUGGCUCAGUUGAAACAGCUACUGUUAGCUCAUAAAGACUGCCCAGUCACGGCACUACAGAAAAAGACCCAAGGCUAUUUAGAAAGCCCCAAGGAAAGCUCAGAGCCAACGGGUUCUCCGGCCCCCGUGAUUCAGCACAGCUCAGCAACAGCCCCUAGCAAUGGCCUCAGCGUUCGCUCUGCAGCUGAAGCUGUGGCCACCUCAGUCCUCACUCAGAUGGCCAGCCAAAGGACAGAACUGAGCAUGCCGAUACAGUCGCAUGUGAUCAUGACCCCACAGUCUCAGUCUGCGGGCAGAUGAUGCCUCCCCGGGUGGAGAGGUCCCCAGCCAGAGCUCGCCCGCCCAAGAGCCAAGAGAGAUGUCAUCUUACCCUCGCCCGUCUGCCUGGGACAUGGCAGUGUCGGGGGGAAUUGUGUGUUGUGAGUAAUGGUCACGUGUGGGGCUUUUCUCACACGGUCAUGUACGUUGACACCUAUACUAGGAGCCUCCCAGCCCCAGAGCCACAUAGAUCAUCCCCGAGGGGGAAGUUUCUGAUGUACCCACAGCCAGAGGCCUUUCCAGAUGGUCCGAACAAUCAUCCCUGCCCGUGCACGUGUACCUGUCUCUUUUAACACUAACCCUUGCACUUCUGGGUGUUGGGUUUCUCAGUUCCCUGUCUUCCCACUAAGCCAUGGCUGUUACCUUCUUGAUCCUUAGCAGCAUGCCACUUCCUGCUAGGUAGAGGGAGGCUAGAGUUGAUGGCAUAUCACCAGCUGACCCAUCCCCAGCCACCCCACAGACUCAGGACCUUGUCUCCCAGUAGCUGCUUGUUUAUCCCUUGUCCCCCUUCCUAAAUUCUAGUUAAAACAUUUACUUAUGGAGAAUGUAAGAUUGCCUUUGAUGUAUGAAGUAGCGGUAUUUCCCAGCUCUUCCAGAAACUUUAGUUCUUCUCCCUACCUGCCACCAAAACAAAAACAAAGAAAUGAAAGCUCCAAAGUUCUAGUCCUUUUUCAUCAGUUUUCAGAGUUAUUUGGAAACCUCAUGUUGUCUUUUGAGUUUUCCCAGCCUGAAGGUGGGGUCUUUUCCACCUCCCACUAAGCCUGGGCAACCUCACUUUGUGGCCUUAUUAGAUGUUGCUUGGUAGCAAAACAGGAAAGAGCCUGAGAUCUGAUGGCUGAUUUCCUCUCGCUCUUCGCUCCAUCCUCCGUCAGUUCUAGUCAUCAGGACAGGCAGGAACAAUGCAGUUUAAAGCUCCUUCCAUCAAGUUACUAGAUCGAUGCUUUUAUGCUUUACAAGAGUUUGCUGGCGAACACAUACAUGUUCCUUUUGGUCAUCUCUCCGUUCCUGCCUCUCCCUCUUCAUCCCCCGUCCACACUCCGGCCUUUGUCUCUCUUCAGAGCGACCCUGUGGAGGCUGUCACAUAGGGGACCCUCGCACUCCCUUGCUCCCCGCCUCUCUCAGUCUCCCCUGUCUGUCUUCUUUUCUGAGCGAGGGUCUUUUAUUUGCAAGAGUCCCUCACCCUCUGGACCUACCUUCUCUCUCAUUCACCAGGCCCUGAGCCUAGCCACCAGAUCUCUCUGGCUCUGUAGUGUUUCUUUAGCUCUUUUCUGCUCUCUGCCUCCUGGAUGCAAUGCUGCUCCACAGCCCAAGCCCCGGGACUGUGAGGCAUCAUGGCCAAGAGUGUGUUUUCUUGAGUAUGAGGUCGGAUGGGGGAGGCAGGGGAAAGGGAGGCAUGGAGUGCGAUGUCAGCAGAAGAGCCCUGCUUGGUGAAGGGUCUGCCCUGGAAAUUGGCGAUUAUUGACCUCAGCCAUUCUUACUUUGAGAAGUAGGGUUACAAGGGGAAGAAUUCAUCUGUCUAGUCCCUCUUUCUUCCCCAUUAAGACGUCUCAUCUUUUGGCUCUGAAUGUGCAGUUUCUACCAAGGCCAUAGGAAGCAGUCCAAAGCCAGAGGCCUGUGGAUAGAUAGGUCAGCUUUAAUAGCCCUUCAGUAUGAAACCCUUCCAGUUGUCCCUGAGCCACUUUCUGCCAUCUGCCCAAGCCAAUAAUGUCCUUUUCUUUCUCUCUUUCCUACCUCUGUCUUAUACAUACACACAAAAUAACUGCCAGCUUCCUUUCUUAUUUUGUCUUCCAAAGUUGGCUAUCAUAGAGGAGUGAGGAAUUGUUCUAAGCGCCAAGAUUUCCAUCUCAGACUGAUAAACUGGCAAGCCAGUCAGAUGACAGGUUCUGCCGCAUUUGUUUUUAAUCCCCCCCUCCCCCGACGCUUUUCAGAGCAGGUGCUGAAGAAGCCAUACCUGGUGAAGAGAAAGGAGAGAGAACGUGGUUUUCUCACCCUCCCCCACCCAGGACCCAACAGGAACAGCCCCGAGGUGACUCAGGCCCGAAAAUGGCGUGGCAGAUGGUCAGGAUGCUGGUUACCCCCUCCGGGGACUCCACUUGCCUUUAAAACUUCACAGCCAUAAUUCGUGCUCAGGACUUUGCCUUUAGACAGCUGCUCCCUGGGAUUUUCUCCUGCCUUAGUUGUGUUUCGUUUUUUAUUAUCUUGAUUUUCCACUAGCAGCCUUGCCCUAAAGCUUGACUGAGUUUAUGGCUCCUAAGGAGCCUUCAUAAGACCCUUGACUAUUUUUCUUCCCCUUUCAGUCAAGUGUUUGUCAAGUUAAGAAUCAUUUUGUCACUGCACACAUGCCCAGCCUCACUGCUUGGCCUCAGAGGUAGUUUGGCCAGUCUGUCUGUCCCUGUGUAGGACGACUAAUUUAUGUACAGGGUCUUCUUAGUUUCUCAGUCCUCGUGUCUAAUUCCUUGAGUCCUUGUUUCAUUUUCAUCAGUGGGAAAUUAGUAUUGGGGACUUGAGGGGCAUUGGCAGAACUUUAGUAGUAAAGCAGCAGUGAAAUGAGGAAGGAGCGUGACGGGAUCCCCACCUCCGCCCCCGCCCCCACCCCCAGGCAGCUCUUCGUUGGUCCUUGAUCUCACUAAGAAGGCAGAGCAGUUGCUUGCCCCGAAGCCUCUCCUAUAGUCAAGGGGAAGACAUUUACCUUAUUACUGCAGCCAGCCGUGUGGCCACUCCCCCUGCUCUUUGCCUUCCAGACUCAUCUAGACAACCAAACAUCAUGGAGGUAAGGACCAUGGCCUUUCUAGGGCCUGAGGGAAGGUACUUUCUGGGGCUGGGAGUGCAGAUGACUUGGGACUCUCCUAAAUGAACACAGGACUCAGACCUCCGACUUUACUCCAGGGACACAGCUGCCUAGGAUACAGCCAGAGACCCAAGGCCAUAGAGAAAGGGGCCAGAACCAGGUCUUCUGGUCCACAGACUUUAGGCCCUAUUGUCUUAAAAGAAAGCUUGCUUAGAGUUGAAAAGUCUGAGAAAGCCUCCCACACCAUCAGGAAGGGCUGGGCAGAGUAGGACCUUCUUUAUCUUCCCCUGUUCAUCGUACACCCCACAUCUGACAUCCUUCAGCCUCCACUCCUUUCCUUGGUCGUAAGCCCUAGAUUGUACCCUCUUGGUGGCGGUAAAAGAGGAGAUGGCCUUGCUGAACCUCGUUUUGCUGCCUUCUCUACGCCUGUUCUAUUGUUCUUGGUUCCUUUCCUGAUUCACUGCCCUUCAGCACCUCUCUGCCUCUCAGUAGACAGGGUGCUUAACCAUAAUCACGCCCCACCCACAGCCUGAACCACCAGGCAGACACCAAAAUCCUCCUCCUCUGGCUCCUGAGGCCCCCCCUGUUCACCCACACUGAGAGGCUCCUUUAAAGGUGCUAGCCUAAGACAGCUCUUCCUCACCAAGUCCCCUUUUCUCUCAUAGCUUCCUUCCCAUCCCCAAAUCAUAAUUUUUCAUGAAUAUUGUACAUUGUAUACACAGAAAGGAAAUGUAUUCUUUUUUUUUAAUGUCAUAACCAGUCUGUUUAGAACCCAGUCCUCCUAGCUAUAUAUCACAUAUGCCUUUGUUGAUAUGCUCUUUCUGCUUUCUUUAGACUUUUGUUUGACAGGGGCAGAGGGACGAGCAGGACAGGUGAGGAUCCUAAGGCAGAUUAGAGGACCCCCGCCCAUCCUACUUCAGCUUCCCACAAGCCUAAUCAUCCCCCUCAUAGAAUAGGCGGGAUCUCUCUGUUUCUCUGUGCACACAGACAUAAAUCCCACCACCCCCAAGUGGUGACCCAGCAGGAAUGAGCACAGGUGGUUGCUGGCCCACAUCCCCACCCUCCACGCCAGUUCAUUCAUCUCUCUCUGGGGGAAAGGUCUUCCCCAGGAUGAGAAAAGGCUGCGGAGAGUAGGGCAGCUUCAGGCAGCUUAUGUCCUAGUCGAUGCAGGUUUGUAUUGUAGCUGCUAGGGUUUAUUUUACCUUUUUAACGGGGACUGGGAGCACAGAGCUAUCUCAUCAGCAUCGGUUACUGGUGAGGGAUGUUUAGCUGUAAGAAAUGGCCGUGAGCACUAGUGACAUUGACUUCCCCUUAGGGCAGUGGUUCUCAGAAUGUGGUCCGGGACCAGCAGGACCGUCACCUGGGAACCUGUUAGAAAUGCACAUUUCUGGGCCCCACCUCGGACAUAAUGGAUCGGAAACUCUGGGGAUGGGCUCUAACAAGCACUCAAAGUGAUUCUAACGCACACUAAAGUUUGAGAACCAUCGCCUUAGGGGCAAGCUGGGAAAUGCUUAUAGGGUAUCAAGGAUAUUUUAAGUACCAUCCUCUGCCUUAGCACUAACAUGUUUUUCCAUUUCCUCCAGUCUCUCCCUCCACUCCCAUUAAAACAACAACAGCAUCACUCAUCUCAAAAUCUAGGUUCGCCUUCCUCUACGUACCCCUGAAACCUGUCCUACGUGGGUCUGGACAGGACUUGUUUCAUAUUCCCUUGCAGACCGGUCACUCCAUGUCCUUUGUUACAGGAAGGACCAGCUGCCCUGUUCUCCCACCCCUUACACAUCUUUCAGGCAGGGAGAUGAGCCUCCAGCCCCCACAGUGGAGGCUGCAGCCUCCUGACAUAGUAUCUAUUGAAAAGAAAGCUGUGCGUCUAUGGCUAUAUCUCUGUUCAUCUGUAUAUCUUUGACAUGUGGCAACACCUCUUCAUCUCAUCAAGGAUCUUGACUCUGGGUCUGGGUCUCCCCAGCCCCCAGCGGUGGGCUUUGACGGGUGGGAGGAUGCAGUGCUACAGGCUGUUUUGUUACAAAACUGUCUGCUCCCUUUCCCCACCAUCCACUUCAGCACGAUCCCUGUGAGCAGGCUCUCACAGUCUCCCGGGACAGGGCUGAGGCAGAGGCUUCGCUCUAUUCUCCCUGGCCGUCCCUCCCCUUUGCCCUUGCCACAUAGCAGUUAUCCCCCCAGCCAUGCCUUCUCCCCUCUCCCUUGCCCUGACAUAUAUUGUGCCUUAUUUAUGCUGCAAAUGUAACAUUAAACUAUCAAGAGAACCA